AUGACGGAUGGAAUGAUCGAUGAGCCCCAUGUUCACAGUUUUGCCAACGCGCUUCCGGGAGCUGGUAUCCAUGGCACAGCCUGUGUCAUUGUUCUUUUCGGGUCUGCUACACAUUCUCCAUUUUCAUGCAAUGUUUCCGUGGGUAUCUCUGUUUUCGCCGUCGCUCCGCAUUGUAUAUUCCUUUUCCACGACGUAAGAAGUGAAAAGGUUUAUGUCUUCCAGGCAAAAGGCUGUUUCGCGACGCUACUGCCGAAAGAGAAGCGAUUUGCAGCUUUUGGGAAGUGGACACGAUGGACCGACUUGGUCAGAAUCGACUAUAAAGAUUUGGCACGGGUCAGGGUACCAGCUGCCACCAAAUUAUCUCAAGACACAGUGCUACUUCCGGAUGGACGGAAAUUCGACAUGAACAGCAUUUACAAUAACAAUAUGUCAGAUGCGGAUAAAAUGGACCUACUUUCCGAUUACACGGCUCUGGAUGUUAUCAUUCUGGCCGCGAAAACUCGCGGAAGAGAUACAGAGGUUAAAUCGUGGAUCUCUAAUGCUCGCACUGCGAGAGAAUCCCAAAGUCUCAUGUUUCUGCGACGUGAGGAUUCGGGCGGAAAAGCGAGAUUUUAUCUGCUAUCCAUCCUGGAACACGCUGUUCGCAAAAGUAUUGUCGCAGAUCAGCCCGAGCUCAUGUGGCAGAAUAUCCGAACAUCAUCGGAGUCUAUAAAUGGUCUGAAAUUCAACCUUCAUGACCAACACGCCAAAAAUUGGCACGCAUUUGAAAAACAACUCAACUCGGAGUCAGACCUGUCGACAAAGAUGUAUCAGGUUUUUGACGAUGUGAUUACCACCAUGAAUACAUACAAGGAAUGUGGGACGAGUUCUCCUGCAAUGCUGAUGCCCAUGACAUCCCCUCCAGUAGGGCAUGCUAGAGACCAGAGGAUGAGUCCUUUGCAUAGUCCAAACAAUCAGAGACAUAUUCCGUAUAUGUCGCGGGGCAGAGCACAGAUAACAUCAGCAGCGCAAGAUCUUCUAUUUCUCCAUGAAUUCAAAGGCAGAAGACAAUUCCACGGCAGCUCGUACCUGAGAGAAGCAAACUACAGUACUUGCUACGUAUGCGGACAAGAAGAUGUCAUUCAGACACUCCUACUGCAGAAGUACCGAGGAGAAGAAGAAACCCCCAACUUCCCGAAAAAGCACAGUCACGGCAAACAUAAAUACCCGAUGGUCCUUGGAAACUACCCGGAAACAGACAUAAUCUUACCACUGACAUCCUGCGACGCCUGCGCGUGGCUCUUGAUUCAAGAAAAGGAGCUACCAAACGGCGAGCGUAUCGACGCUGCGUUACCAUUGGUCUCACUGGCCGAGAAUGUAAAUCGACAACAAUGGACAAACACUCUACUCAAAGCCUUUGGAAAUCGGUUCCAUGAACGAAUCGUCCUUCUUGUCUUCCUUUCCUCACUCUAUUCAACAAUCGAAGAUAUAAUCGCAAGCGAUGAACCAAAUUCAUACGAUCUUAUCCAAAGUCUCGAGUGGUGCGCUCGAGCCUUGACCGAGCUACCUGGAAUAGCUAUCGCCGCGGGCCUCACUCCGGCCGGCACACCAAUGUCCUACACCAUGGACGAGACAAUGUCACUACAGAAAGCCGUGGGGUUAAUAUUUUCGCCCAAAAGUGCGGUCCUGAUAGAGUCGUCAUUUUUGAUGUACCCGAUCGAUGGAUUUGUAGCAAUUGUCCACGUUGCUGAACUCUUAGAGCACGUUGAGCCGUACCAGAUUGAGAAAUUUGUCUGGAGACGGUUACUUUACCAUUUUACUGAGCAACAUAUCAAACUCCACGCACAGGUUGGAUUCGAUGAAGCGAAUGCGAAACUCGAAGAAAUUAUCACCGAGAGACCUCCUUCGUCGUCGAGCUCGGAAAAUAAGGACUCAGAUGAGCCGAUCCUAGUCGUGUCGCCAAACCGAGUCUCUGGCUCUACAUCUAUACAGAAAUUGGAUGGAACGUAUCUUCUGCCCUCGUCUUCGGAUUACCUUGAGCAGUUCAGACGGAUGGAGUCGUUUUUCACGUCCAUUGAAACCACGACGAAGUAUGAUGCUGCACUUGGUGUCUUCCUUCACAUGUUGCUGGAUACUUUGAUUUCUCAGCAAUCGGGUACUCUGGACGUUUCCGAUGUUUUCACGCAAGUGCGAUAUAGGGCGGAUGAGACUAAACGAUCUCAUGAGGGGCUGUAUGAUGUGUUUGUUGAUCCGAAGCUUAUGUCCGAAGAAGAUGCUGGGAGAUUGAUAGAGGCAUGGCAUCAGCAUGGCGAUGUUUCCCAUAAUGUAGUAUUAUGA